AAGUACACCUGGAGAGUAGCAAUGGAAACACUGAGGAUGUUUCCUCCUGUCUUUGGUGGCUUUAGGAAGGCCCUAAAAGAUAUUGAAUAUGGUGGAUACCUAAUUCCUAAAGGAUGGCAAAUAUUCUGGGCUAUGCCAAUGACUCAUAUGGACAGUAACAUAUUCCCAGAACCAUCAAAGUUUGACCCAAGUAGAUUUGAGAACCAAGCAUCGGUUCCACCGUUCGUUGCAUUUGGAGGAGGUACUCGAAUAUGUCCAGGAUAUGAGUUUGCAAGAAUUGAAACCCUUGUCACAAUUCAUUAUCUUGUAACUCGGUUCACAUGGAAGCUAUGUGCAGACAAUUCUUUCAGCAGGGAUCCCCUGCCAGUACCAACUCAAGGUCUACCAAUCAAACUUGUGCCAAGAAAACUAUGUUAGCUCUGUAAGAUCUUUUCUACUGUAACUGGUAUCAUGCUUAUCUUACAUAGCAUUUCUGUCA